GGCCGGGCCGGGCCGGGCGUGUUUGAAUCGCGGCGCGACCGCUUCUCCCUUCCUCCAUCCCUUCCCCGCUAUGAACUUCUCGGAGCUGUUCAAGCUCUCCGGUCUGCUUGGCAGGUUCUCCCCCGACGGCAAGUGCCUGGCUUCGUGUGUGCAGUACCGUUUGGUGGUUCGGGACGUGAAUUCCCUCCAGAUCCUCCAGCUGUACACUUGCCUGGAUCAGAUCCAGUAUAUAGAAUGGUCGUCUGAUUCUCUGUUCAUAUUGUGUGCCAUGUACAAGCGAGGGAUUGUUCAGGUCUGGUCCUUGGAGCAGCCAGACUGGCACUGUAAGAUUGACGAGGGGUCGGCAGGAUUGGUGGCUUCAUGCUGGAGUCCGGAUGGUCGUCACAUUCUCAAUACGACUGAGUUCCAUCUGCGGAUAACCGUGUGGUCCUUGUGUAUAAAAUCUAUAUCGUACAUCAAGUAUCCCAAAGCUUGUCAGCAGGGGCUAGCGUUCACUAAGGACGGCCGCUAUAUGGCAGUAGCAGAAAGACGUGACUGCAAGGACUUUGUUAGCAUCUUUGUAUGCAGCGACUGGCAGCUACUGAGACAUUUUGACACUGAAACACAAGAUCUGGUUGGGAUUGAAUGGGCUCCUAAUGGCUGUGUUCUGGCAGUGUGGGAUACAUGUCUGGAGUACAAAAUACUGCUGUACUCCCUUGAUGGCAGACUGCUGUCCACGUAUCGGGCUUAUGAAUGGUCUCUAGGCGUAAAAUCAGUUGCCUGGAGUCCCAGCAGCCAGUUUUUGGCAAUUGGCAGCUAUGGUGAAAAGGUGCGUAUCUUGAACCAUAUAACGUGGAAGAAGAUCACAGAGUUUGAGCAUCCAGCAACAAUUGCUAAUACAAAGACUAUUGUGUAUAAAGAAGUGGAGAAAUCCCCAUCUGUUGAAACAGAGAGACUUUCUUUCCCUCCAACAAGAGCAUUGGCUAGUUCUCUCUUCAGCACACAAAGUAAAUAUGACAUUUCCCAGGUGCCAGUUUCCUUACAGUAUGUCAAACCAGUUGCUGACAGGGCAAAUCCCAAAAUGGGAAUUGGGAUGAUGGCAUUCAGUCCAGAUAACUGUUUCCUGGCCACCAAAAAUGAUAACAUUCCUAACGCUGUCUGGAUCUGGGAUGUUCAAAAGCUGAAACUAUUUGUAGUCUUAGAGCAGCUGUGUGCGAUCCAGUCUUUCCAGUGGGAUCCACGACAGCCUCGACUUGCUGUAUGUACAGGAAAUAACAAAGUCUACUUAUGGUCCCCAGCUGGCUGUGUGUCAGUGCAGGUCCCGGUGGAAGGUGACUUCCAGAUCGUGUCUCUCUCCUGGCAUUCCAGUGGAGACUCCAUUGUGCUUCUGAGUAAGGACAACUUUUGUGUGUGUUACUUAGAAAGAGAAGAGGUAAAAUAACAAUCAUUUGCAUUAAAAAUGCUUUGUUUGAGGAAGAAUGAGGAAAGGGGUCAAAGCCUGUUGCCUAGUCUGAAGUUUCUGUAUUUAUAAAUUAUUUAUUUGAAGGAGUGUACCCAAACUCGAAGUAACGUAGCAACUGAAGUGUAGAGAAUGAAGUCUGCAUUUCAAGAAAACUUUAGCAUUGAUGUGGUUGAACUUUCUCUUGAACUUUCUCUUGAACUUUGUGAACUAUGAACCCUUCUUUUCUAAAAUUGUAUCUCUGAGUAUAUAAUGUAUAGCUAUUAUUUAAAGUUUAUAAUUGCCAAUAAAUAUUUUGAUAGUUACAAA